CAAAAACUGAUUCAAAUCAGUGUGAAACCUCAUUUUGGAACUCGACCGGUCAUGCAAAAGCUGUUUUGGAUUGCCGCCACGAUGGGGACGGUUGUGGUACAUGCAUACUCUGCUGGCUUCCAGAACGCAAAGAUAUCCCCGUACGUGGCUCAACUGCGCUCGUCUGCGAAUGAUCCCAUGAUUUGCCAAGGGAUCCUCAUCGACCCUAACAUUGCCCUCUUUACUCAAUCAUGCGCGGAACUUUACGACGAAGCGGACAAAGUUGUGAUUGGGGCUAGUCGGAUCAAUGGCGGGCUGGACGACGGCGAGUGGAAUAAAGUGCUAAGCAAAGCCUACAGUCCCAACCGUGCCCUGGAUUUUGCAUUGGUGCAAUUGGCUCGGCAAUCCAACUACACUCCAGUCCAAAUCCUGUGGGACGACGUCGCCCCUGGCAAGGUAGUGUGGCUGCGUGGUUGGCUUCCAUUCAACAGCGACAAGUCGGUGAAUCGGCUCGAGGAAACUACGGUUCAAGUUAUUACGAACGACCAGUGUCAGGCCAAACUCAAACGUCCUAUGUACGACUUCGAAGUGUGCGGUGACAACGACGGGAUUGACAGCUGCAGUUCGUACAUUUCUGGAUCCCUUAUCACCGAGAUCGGUGGGCGCGAUUUUCUCGUUGGCACCAUGUCGGAUUACCAAUGCGUGCACAAGCCCGUGUACCAGAUAUUCAACCGUCUCUCCGCCUUUCGUCCGUUUAUUGAGCCAAUUCUGUGCGGCGGAAAGUAACGACGUCCUUCUGUAUUUGGCAAUCGGAAAAGUUGUUUGUUGCCAACGAAGAAAUACUCCAC